GGAGCUCCAGGCAAAGACGACAGCCAGUCAGAAAAGAUGGAGGAACAGGUUCUGUGCCAGGAGAACCAGACAGCUUGUGUAGUCGACGUCCUGAGAAGCAACACCACGCUUUCUGACUGUAGUAAUGUCACCACCAGAGGAGAGAGGUCUGUCAAAAACUACAAGACCCUGUGCCAGUCGGACCAGGCCAGACAGAAGGCCAUCCACUCUAUCCUGAAGUCAGAGGAACAUUUUGCAGCAGCUCUCAGGAGUGGCAUGCAGAUGUACCUGCCGUCUGUCAAAAAACAGCUUCUCCCAAAGGAGCAUUAUGGAAAAUUAGUGGCUAACAUGGAAAAGCUGGAGGCCCUGAGUCGUUACUUAGCCUCCCAGAUCGGAACCUCGGCAGAAAGCUGCCUGUGUGCCCCUCCUGAGGCACCUGUGUACGUGGAGUCUGUGGGACACAUCUACCUGGGAAAGCUAGCGGAGCUGUGUGCGACUUUCCUGGGGUACCAGGAGGGUGUUCGCCAUGUGGUGAAGAACCUCACCAUCAAGAAGCUGUCCCCCUGGAGCCAGACCUACCUCAACACACACACCUUCCUGUACAAGCCUGCACAGCAUCUGAGCCAGGUAGCAGGUUUACUGGACACCAUACUGAGGUGCACCUCGCCCCAACAUCAAGACUUCCUGGACCUACAGACUGUCAUCAGAGCCCUGAAACAGGCCAUCAAAUCAGCCCAGGAGUCGACGAUGCGAUCUUCCACGGCUCACGAUGGACCAAGCAUGGUCCCUGGUGCAAACCUGCACAAGAUACAGAAGAGCAUCACAUUUGCCAAGGGAGUGAAGCACUUUGUUGUGAACGUGCCAAAGAGAACCCUGGUCCAUGCUGGAGAGCUGACUCUGGUGGAGAAGAAGAAGACAACAAAGGUAUGGACAAUGCUGUUCAACGACAUCCUUGUCUUCACACACCUGAAGGAGGAAGGAAAGAUCUGUGUUGUCAGGGAACCCAUCCCCAUGGAGUUUGUCCUGGUUAACACGGCAGAGAAUGAGUUGGAGUUCCACGUCACUCACUUGUCAAAGAUGAGCACGCUGAGAUCAAAGCGAGCCGGUCUCCAAGGGAACCAAACAGUUUUGCAGGCAGCCAGCAGGAGGGAGCGCGGACUGUGGGUACAGAGAAUAGAGCAGUGCUCCUUAUCCCUGCAGCAGAAGGAGACAGGCAAGGAGAAUCGACAGGAGCACUCAGACUGGAGUACAUGCGGCAUAGGGGAAAGAUGGGACAUCGCUGCCAUGGCCAAAUACAUGCAGGAUCAUAGCGAGGAGAGCUCCAAACUAGGCCUCUGCCCCCUCAACAUGGGUCUCAAUGGUAUCAUCCAAGAUGGCGGCUCGCCGCAGCCCAGCCCUUCGCCAGAGUCCGAGCCGGAGAAGUCGAUUGACGUGACCUCGCCGCACGUCCACUUCCUGGUGCCCAACGUGCCGCACGAAACGUUCGAGGAGCGAAUGGAGGUCGCUUGCCCGGAGACGAACGACUCGGGCACGAGGAAGCGCAGAAUAUCGUUCCUGAAGAGAUCUGGCACCGUGAAGAAGCGCUCCGACGAAAAGGACGGCAUCCUUCUGAGGCCUAGAAGCCAUUCCGCAGGGGUCUUGAACAAAAGCGAAGGACCGGAGAUGUCUGCUAACCAGACCGCGGAGAGUCCCAUGUCCUCCAGUCAGCCAGACCUAACCGACCUCGGCAGACAGACCCGCAAGAAGUCCAGAAGUUUUGCCAAAGAGAUGAGGAGCAAGCUAGCGUUCCUGAGAAAACGGCCUGCCGCCAGUGUGUCCAUCCAUGUAGAGGAUGUGAGUGCCCACACCGACAGAGUACAGAGACUUGAAGUGGAGCAAGUCACAAGAUGGAGCGAGUCAUUUGAGGCGCUCCUGAAUGAUAAAUGUGGAGUGCAGGCAUUCCAUGGCUACCUGAAGACAGAGUUCAGUGAGGAGAACCUGGAGUUCUGGAUGGCAUGCGAGGAGUACAAACAGCUCAAGCCUUCCAAACAGGCGCAUCGAGCCAAGAAGAUUUACAACGACUACAUCGCUGUACAGGCUCCCAGAGAGCUGAAUCUGGAUGCUGAGGCGAGGGCAGAGACUCUGGCCCGCCUGGCCAGUCCUGACGAGGCGACCUUCAAAGUGGCACAGCGCAAGAUCGCCAUCCUUAUGGAGCGGGACUCCUACCCCAGGUUUCUGAGGUCCAACCUUUACCAGAUGCUCCGAAGUCAAAAUAAUGCACAGCUUCUGAACCAGACGAGGUGAACUCACAUGGACUAAAACACAAGGCUUCCCGCCCGGCCGGCUCAUUUGCAUCUGUUUUGCAUAUUCGUUACAGUGUUAUCGUCUCAUCUCUCCACCCUAGUUCUCUGGACUUGUAACUUUUAUCUCAAACUGCAAGAUACGAUGUAGUUUGUCCUCGUAAUCAUGCUCUGAAAGGAAAAUAUUGAAUUGUAAAGAUGAGAAUGAGAACAAACAUUAUCUGAUGUAAUUAUACAGGGUGACAUGACUGUUUUACUAUGAUGGGAACAGAGGGCAGCAAAUCAACAAUGUAAAAUUUAAUAUAGUAUUUUUUCGUAGCAUUUACCAGUUGUUUGUAGUGGGUGAAUGUAGAAGACGCACAUUGUAACAUAGCAUGCAAAGCUUAUGACGAUAAUGAUUUGGUACUUACACCAAAGUUUGAGCCAAGAAAGCCGGGGAUGUAAAUAUUGUGAGGCAUGUAAAUAUGCAUAUUUCUGUCUUUUCUCUGUAAAUAGUGACUUCUAUCUGUAGUUAAACCUGUACAUACAUAACUAGCUAUAAGUACAUGUAGUAUAUUCCUACCCAAUACUCUAUUCCAACUGCAUACAUGUAUGUUGUAUGUAUGUAUGUGUUUUCUUGUGUGUGUGUGCGUAGUUUUACAACUGUUUGUGAUACUAUAAAAGUUGCGUGUGAUAAUUGUUCUGUGUUAUCUGUAUAUUUUAACCAGGAAAAGCACUUACUAAUUUCUGUAGAAGUAUAAGCUUACACGUAAUUAGUACAAUGUACUUGUGAUACAUGACCCUGAGGACAUACAGCGUAAACGGAACAACGUUUUGUACUUUCAUGUGUGGUCUGUAUGAAAAGAAAACUUUUACACUGUACUCAACUUGUCUUGUGAAGUAGACAACUGUGAUGCUGUGAUUUUGUACACAUCAGCAACAUAGAAAAACUGUUAUAUCAUCAGCAUUUAAACUUUUCAAAACAACUGACCAAGAUACUUUUUGGAAAGGCAAGGGAGCAAUUAUGUUACCCUUAGGGUAGCAGUGUCGUUUGUCUGUUAAACUGCCAAAUAAAACUUAGAAAGACAGAAGUAAACAUUUCACAGGGACCAAAAUGUUUUACAUAUCGGAAUGAAACUAGAGCCAAAUGAAAACAUUUAAUAAUCUUGAAUAAUGUGACAUCAGAGAACUCUGAUUGGAAGGAUACACUUAAUUUUACCUUUGUGCCAAGAGAAUCAUGCAAAGGUGAUUUAGUCAGUCCGCUUGUUUGAAUUGCUAGUUGAUGACAUUGCUGGCUAGACAAUCAGGAAAUGUAAGAAAGUCCAGCAGAAUUGUUUAAUUUGUGUGUUAACUCAUUACCAUUUUUAGAAACGACAUGCAAUGUACAUCAUGUAAUUGUUCUUUGCACAACCCGAUAAUCAUGUGACUGACAGUCUAAGCUGUAGUAUAGUGAAAAAGAGGAUUAAUAAAUAUUGCUUUUAUGAUUGUUUAUUUAAUUCAAUUUUUAGUAGUUUUGUUGUGUGUUUGAAGUAGAAUUGCCAAAGGAGACAGAGAUUAUGAGAUGACACUGAAUAUUUCUAGUACUGAAAGAUUUGUGCCAAACUAUAAUGUCAUGAUUGAUGAUCAGUUAGGACACAGAAAUCAUGUAGGGUAUUCAAUCUUCCACUAUCAGUUCUCGAUUGUGUGUUAAACACAGGCUAUGUCUUUUUACAUAGAUAGAUAGAUAGACAAAUGAUUGUUCUGUGUUAUUUAAACUUCAAUCAUGAGCUCAAUUGGCAAGCCCACAGAUAGACAGUCACUACUUGUAAAAGAAUUGUGCUAAAAUGUCUUCUCUUUAACAUUUCAUGGUACUUUUGUUGUGGAGAAAGAAUAUGGCAAUCGGCAAGAAUUGUAAUAUUGAAAUUGAAAGUCAAAGCAAAAAUCACAGGCAAUAUAUUUGUUGUACUUAAAUUAAACGCAAUCUGGCGGCAUGUGUCAAUAUGAUAUACUUUCAUGCUUGCUUUCCUGUUAGGAAGAAGACAUUCCAUUUUCAUUUUGUGAUUUAUUUUAACUCUCAUGCAGUGCCAUUGCACUUCCAGAUGAUUUCAUUGCUUGCCUUUACUACCAUUAUAUGAUACUAAGUUCAACACAUUUUUCCAGAAUUCUCACCAUAUACAUGUGUUGGUUGAUGAAUUGUCAGUGUACCUUGUGCAAAGGAGUUAGACCGGAACCCUUACUUUUUGUAGGAUGUAAUUCCCUUAAAUCGUUACAGACAAUGCCUGGAGCAUCCCAGAGCAAAUACGGCUGAGUUUCAGACUACAAAAAGACAUUGUGGUAUGCCCAUGAUGUUUGUUAUAGCUUUAAUCAGAUAGAGACUCCUGCGAUUAGCCGUUUUCGUCUUUUCUAGCAGAAAUGUACAUUAUUUUGUAGGAAAAGACACAGUAUAUUGACAAUGUGUGAAUAUGAUGUCUCUAGCUACAACAAACCUUUGUGAAAGAAGUGACUGCUGCAGUGUACAAGGCAAUCAUGUAGACAAGAAGUAGACUAAGUGUAACAUUAAAGAUUUUUAUGUUGCAGUGCAA